GAUGGACUCUGCAUGAUGGACCGCCUGCAGUACGACAAUCGGACUCUGUGCACCUUGUAUAUCAAGGACCAUUGACCAAAGGUCCUAUGGCUCUUACUCCCCAUGCGUCAGACUUGGAAGAUGACUUGAAACGGAUGAUUACGAUCGUGUUCUGGUACAGUCCCGACACCGAGCCACUUCGCCUUCAACAAAUAGCUCCUCAAUUUCCUCUCUUUCAGCUUUCACGAUUGACGUCUCUGGUAGCAGACUUGGGGUUAACUGAAAAUUCAUAUCUUGACACCUACAAUCAUCAGUUCGGAAGUUGGGAGCAGCACACUAUUUCGACAAUCCGAAUCGUCGAGAGGAAUCAGAGGCUGUUGUAUCGUAUACGGAGAAACUUAUUGAAUGGCCUUCGUGAAGAUGAAUGUCUAACUUUGGACGAAGAAAUUGAAAUGCAACCUGCACCAACUUCUCCUUCCAGCAAACGCCCAGCCUCAGACGGUGAACAAGUAUCUCCACCUUCAAAAAAACGGCCCACACCUGGUGCUCAGUUCUUGGGAACGAGUGCAUCUCAUCCCUCUCAUUCUUCAUCCGGCACGCUUGUCAAGGACGGGAGUGCUGUAUUACCAUUAUCUCCCGCACCUUUGUCGAUUUUUCCCAAGUCAUCAGAGAACGGGGAAGGAUACGUCCCUUCGACAUAUCAACACCAAAGCUUUUUCAGUGCCCCAGAGACACCUGAGACAGUCACACUCCCUAUGCAUCUCCUCAACCCUCCCUCUGAACCGGCUCCUAUUCCUUAUCAUCCACAUCCACCGCUCAGGCGUUGGCCAAAUGACUACACCGUUGCCCAACUUUCUCAAGGAUUCCUUGCGCUGGAGGCACUCUCUUCACAUUCGCACGUGACGGUAAUCACCUCUGACGGCGAAAGGGUUAGCGUCGCUACCCCGAACAUGUCUCAAAAAGCUGCCUUUGAACGGGUAUUCCGGACACGUUAUGUAAAGUCAACAGUAUGUCGCCAUCGUAGUGUCUGGAAAAGAGCUCCCCGUGAGAUACGCGAUGAGUUUGAGAGCUAUGGAGAUGACGAGCGUGGUUCAUGGGGAGAAUUUGUACGACGGGUGGAGGGUAAACCUCCGGGAAAAUCUGCUCUUUCCCAGCAGCAGCAGCAAAUUCAGUUUCCUCAUCCCCACGCCCAAGUUGGUUCUCAGAUCAUCCAUCCAAGUAUAGCACACACUGGGCAAACGUUGAAUCUGCCACCAGGACCACCGGUCCCUCCAAUGACGAUUCCUAACCAGGAGAAUUUAAUCUUCCACUCUCCGGACAUCAAUAUGAUGGGCACCUUAACCCAGCAGGCGCAGCAGGCACCACCCAGAGAAAAUAGUGGUGCAGAUGGAGAUCUUCGUAAGGAUAACAGCCAAGGUCUGAUUUUCUGUGAACGAGUUGAUUUCGCCGUUUUCUGAAGACAUCUUGCCAUUUACGCCAGGCAGUAUGAGCCCAGACCACAAUACGCCUUCCCAUCAAUCCCCGAGGGGGCCAUCUGCUCCGAUGAUCUUUGGACAGCCUCUCUCAGUAUCUCGCUCUUCCGGUGGUGUACGAUGAUUUGUCAAUGUCAAUAACUCCCUGUAUGUUACGAAGGACGCGACGCGAGUCUUAGGGGAUUGUCUCCUCACAUUACCAUCAUCUUCAUUUCGAGCAUCUGCCUCGUUGUACUUCAUUUUAUAUCGUAUUAUUUCCCUGUGAAGCUGAUAUCAAAAUAUGAACUGUCAAUUCGCUACACAAAUA